AUGCAGAGGGCUGGGGCAGGGGGCCGGAGGGCCUCUGACUGCGGCCCUGCCCCUCACCGGCCCAGGUGCAUCACCAAGUUCGCCCAGUAUGUGGGCUCCUUCCCGGUGGACGACCUGGACACCCAGGAGAGCGUGUGGCUCGUGCAACAACAGCUGUGGGCACUGAAGGAUUGUCCCCGACGCCGGGCCGUCAUCUUGAAAUUCAGCCUUCAGGGCCUCAAGAUCUACAGCGGGGAAGGCGAGGUGCUCCUGAUGGCUCAUGCUCUGAGGCGCAUCCUCUACUCUACCUGGUGCCCAGCUGACUGCCAGUUUGCCUUCAUGGCCCGAAACCCCCAGAGCCCGGCCAGCAAGCUCUUCUGCCACCUCUUUGUGGGUAGCCAGCCUGGAGAGGUCCAGACCCUGCACCUGCUGCUCUGCCGAUCCUUCCAGCUCGCUUACCUCUUGCAGCACCCUGAGCAGCGGGCACAGCCUGAGCCCUGCCUGGGGUCUGCAGGGGACAUGCCCGUGAAGCCACUGUCCAGCCCUGGGGGCCCCCCUGGCCUAGUACGGGAACCCUUCAGCCGUGAUCAGCUCUCACAGAAUGUGCACGCACUGGUCUCCUUCCGGCGGCUGCCAGCAGAGGGGCCUGCAGCCGGUGGGAAGGAGCUGCCAGAGUCAGAAGGCCGAGGGGGCACCCGCCAUGCCCGCCUGGGGAAUCCUUACUGCUCGCCCACGCUGGUGCGCAAGAAGGCCAUUCGCAGCAAGGUGAUCCGCUCUGGGGCUUACCGAGGCUGCACCUACGAGACUCAGCUGCAGCUGUCCGCUCGGGAGGCCUUUCCUGCCGCGUGGGAGGCGUGGCCCCGGGGGCCUGGUGGCCCCUCGUGCCUGGUGGAGAGCGAGGGCAGCCUGACAGAGAACAUCUGGGCCUUUGCUGGCAUCUCCAGGCCCAGCGCCCUCGCCCUGCUGCGGAGAGACGUGCUUGGGGCCUUCCUGCUGUGGCCCGAGCCCGGCGCCAGUGGCCAGUGGUGCCUGUCGGUGCGGACACAGUGCGGUGUGGUGCCCCACCAGGUCUUCCGGAACCACCUGGGCCGCUACUGCGUGGAGCACCUGCCUGCUGAGUUUGCCAGCCUGGAGGCCCUGGUGGAGCACCACGCUGGGACCGAGCGCAGCCUCUUCUGCUCCCUGGACAUGGGCCGUCUGAACCCCAGCUAUGAAGAUCAGGACUGCGGGUCCGAGGGCAGACCCACCCGGACACUGCGGCCCCUUGGUCAUGCCAAGUCAGAGGCAGAGCUGCAGGGCCUGGGCUAG